CCGACACGAGACUGGGGGCCUCUCGGACCACGCGGCGUGUCCUAGCCCGAGGUAGCCGCUGAGCCGCCGGACCGAGCUCGGAGCCCAGCGCGCGCCGACAGCCUCCCGAGCGCGCUUGCAGGAUGCGUGGCAUGGUGGCGCAUCGGCUGACUCGGCGCUGGUUCCUGCUCAGCGCCCUCUCGCUCUUCGGCCUCGUGCUCCUCUACUCGCUCCUGGGCUCCUGUCGACAGAGGGCCUCCAACUUCACCUACGUCUCGCCCGACCGCUACGUGCUGGGCCCGGAUUCCCGGCGCUACCCGUACAACAACGACAUGCCGCUCAUCUUCAUCGGGGGCAUGCCGCGGAGCGGGACCACGCUGGUGCGAGUUCUGCUGGACGCCCACCCGGACGUGCGGUGCGGCGAGGAGACAAGGGUCAUCCCAAGGUUGCUUUCACUCAAGCAGCAGUGGGUCAAGAACCCCACCGAGAUGCACCGCUUGCUCGAAGGUGGAAUCACCGACGAGGUGCACUGCAAACAUUAA